AUGACAGUGACCUUGUAUAACAUGCCGUAAAGAUAGAAGGUGAACUGAACUGAAAGUUUUGUCCGCUUCUGCAAUGUCACACUCUCCAACUGCCAUGGUCUUUUUGAUAGACUUAAUUGCAGGGGUAGAGGACCUACUUGUCAAGCACAAACAUUUGUUGACCCUCCAGAUGUCUUUUGAUGCCACCUCUGGUUGUAGGGUCUGUCCUGAUGGGUGGGCUCACAACAGUGGGAAGUGCUACCUCUUCUCCUCCACUGGAAAGACCUGGAAACAGAGUCGAGAUCACUGCAUCACAUUAGGGGGGCAUCUGGCCAUUGUGAACAGUCAAGAGGAACAGACAUUCCUGAUCAAGAAGGCCAAAGGACAGCUUCACUGGAUGGGACUGAGUGACCUGGAGACAGAGGGACAGUGGAUUUGGGUGGACAGCACACCUCUCAGUAAGACUGGAGCAGUAUUCUGGCUUAAAAGGCUUGGAGGACAGGAUGAGCCAGACAACUGGAAGGUGGAACCGGCGGGGGAAGACUGUGCUUGCCUCUUUAGCACAGGAGAAUGGCACGACAACUCCUGCAGGAAAACAUACAGAGUUGUGUGUGAGACACUUGCCCCUGAGUAAGACCCACCAAGUGUUUGAGAAGUAGGCAAAGCAGAGACACAGCUGUGCGCUCAGUUUUUUGCAUUGCAUUUCCUAUCUUGGAGGAUAUUGCAAAAUAGAUACUUGGAUUUCCCCUUUUUUAUAUUACACUGUAGUUGUGUGUCUGUCUACUGCUGAACUGAUGAAGCAAGCUAAGCUCUUAACAAAACCAAACUCUACAGGAAGCACAUAUAUGAUUAAAUGUCAACAUGUAAGUUCCUUUGGAUGAAAGCACCUGC